AGUAAAUGUCACAGUUGUCAUUAUUUUCUUUUGUGCGUGAGGUCUGAAUACAAUUUUACCUGCAUUUUCUUGUUAUUUAUUUGUAAUUAUGUGAGAAAAGUAGUAACUUAGAUUAGCUUUAGUUGUGUAUUAUUAUAUGGAUAUGUGAUAAUAGUUAAGCGUAGUCAUGUUUGGGUAUAGCAAAGAGGCUGUUAGAGUGAAAGUGAAGAAGUGUGAAGGCAAACUACAGCCAGAACUGAGGAAGUUUUCCGUUGACCCGCAGAUAACCUCGCUGGAGGUUUUACAAAGCAUUUUAGUGAAAGCAUUUGAUAUCAAGUCUGACUUUACACUGUCAUACCGGACUGCUGAUGACUAUGGUCAGGAGAUCCUCUUGCCACUGCUCUCUGACUGGGAUUUGGAUGCUGCUUUUCUCAAGGCUCAUAAUAUAGCUCAAACUCAGCGCUCGGAGCCAUGCGUCCAGCUCCGCGUCGACAUGAAGCCGUUCGCGGAGGCGUCCGAGGACUGGGAGCCGCCAGGGCUGAGCCCGGCGCCGCGCGAGCCGCCGCCCAGCGUGGCGCCCGCGCCGCAUCAGCCCGAGAAGCAGGAAGUACCCACUGGCUUUCAGGGGCUGUUUAUGAAUCAGGUCGAGAAGACCUUCAACAUGGUGUCGCGCGCGCUCAACCUAUACGAGGACCCCAACACGCCGCCGCGCGCGCCGCUCUCCGACAUCGAGUUCCGCACCUUCCUAGACGCGGUCGGGCAGAUCACCAACACUAUCAAGCUCAGAGAAGUCAUUUAUUGCGGCGGGAUAGACCCUAGUUUAAGGAAAGUAGUUUGGAAACACAUACUGAACGUGUAUCCGGACGGAAUGACGGGCAAGGAACGAAUGGACUACAUAAAAAGGAAAGCUAACGAAUACUACACUCUCAGAGCGCGGUGGAAAGACUGCAUACAGAAAGGAAUAGUGAACGCCGACUUGGCGUACGUGACGAGUAUGGUCCGCAAAGACGUGUUGCGCACAGACAGACAUCACAACUUCUACGCCGGCAGCGACGAUAAUCAGAAUAUAGCUUCACUCUUCAAUAUUUUAACCACGUACGCACUGCAGCACCCCCGGGUAUCAUACUGCCAGGGCAUGUCGGACCUGGCCUCGCCACUGCUAGUGACCAUGGGCGACGAGGCGCACGCCUACAUCUGUCUGUGCGCGCUCAUGGCUCGCCUCCACUGCAACUUCCUACUCGACGGGGAGACCAUGACGCUCAAGUUCGCGCACCUCACCGAGGCGCUGCAGGUUUACGACCCCGACUUCUACGCGUACCUGAAGUCCCAGCAGGCCGACGAUCUGCUGUUCUGCUACCGCUGGCUACUGCUGGAGAUGAAACGCGAGUUCGCCUUCGACGACGCACUUCGAAUGCUCGAGGUGCUCUGGGCGUCGCUGCCGCAGCACACGCCGGCGGGCGAGCUGGCGCUGGGCGAGCGCGAGUGGGACGCGGCCGCGGCGCCCGCCUCGCCGCCGCCGCUCAGCCCGCUCGUGACGGCGCCGCGCGACAACGCCUACACCAAGCUGUGCGCCAUCCGCCGCCAGAGCUCCAGCUUCAGCCUCGCUAGCGUCAAAGCCACGCCGCCUAAGCUGGCCACCCGGCGCCCGCGCCCGCACAACCACAGCCUCGACGAGAGCGCGACGCCGGAGGACUCCUCGCUCAAACACGCCAAGGAGUUCCAGAGCCUCGACGAAGAGACUCUACACACCGUCAAAGCCAAACUCGAUAACGAGCUCGAUACGAGUGAAGAUUCGAAGGAAUCGAAGCUUCCGAAGCCAAAUAUGACGAGCGCGUUCGAAACUCACGAGCGAGAUUCGACCCGCGCCAGAAACGGGAGCGUCGUCAACGGAAAAGCGCACCCGGAAGGAAAGGAUACGACGUUGGGGGGACAAAUAAGAUUGCUCCGAGACAAAAUAUCCGUGCACAACGACAAGUUUGACGGCCCCGACGACGUAGAUCUCGACAGCAGGCCGAAAGUGAGGAUGAUCAAAAACCUAAACGAAUUCCUCAAUUUCGCGACGGCAAGCAAAGCGGAUCCGAUUAAACGUGACAAAUUACAACGAGCACACUCAGUCAUAGAGACCACCAAGGAGUAUCCCAAAAUCACUUUAAACAAAAUGUCUAUGGACGAGAGCGACCUCAGUAAACCGAACGUCAAGGAGUCCCUUCUGAACAAAAUCAAUAGGAGCAUUUACAACGACGCCAACGACGGCAGCAGCCCCGACGACUCGCAGGAGUACUACCCGAUGACCACGUCCAUGACGCGGGAGCUGAGGCUGGAACUCGAGCACCUGGAUCGGCAGGUGUUCGGGCCCUCGUACGUCAACCGGUGCAGCAUGAUCGACUCGCCCUCCGACUCCCCCAGCACAGAGGAUAAAGGGGAGGAACGGAGCAAGCAGGAUACGAAGGAUACACUAGAGCUUCAAACGGGGGUCGGAGAAACGUCAAAGCGAUCACCCAUGGACACGAUAAAGUCGAACGCCCGGAGUGCGGAAGGUAUUUACCUGUGGGAGAACCCGUUACACGCGCUCCCGGCGCGGGCGGCGUCGUGCCCGCACACGCCGGACGAGCACCCCGAGCUGGAGCUGGACGACACGGCCGACGGCUCCGAGGGCGGCCGCCGGUCCGGCACGCCCCAACCGCCCCGACCGCCCGACCAGCCUCUAGAAACACAGACCCCCGACGCCAAGGACGACGGCGCCUCUAAAUCACACAAAUUCUUCUCGAAUAUGUCUCAGGAGUUGGAAAAUGCGAAGAGAAACUGCGAGUCGCUGUUGAACGCGAAGCCGACGAAUCUGCACAGUGUCGCGUCAACCAUAAACAACUUCCAGAAGAAGUAUGAGGCUUUGAAACCGCCGCUGCAGAAGAGUUUUGCCGCGGGCGACGGCGUCAAGAGUAUAAGCGGGCUGCCGCCGCCGGGCGUGUUCGGCGGCGGGAACCCGUUCCUCAUGUUCCUGUGCCUGACGGUGCUGCUGCAGCACCGCGACUACGUCAUGCGGAACCGCAUGGACUACAACGAGCUCGCGAUGCACUUCGACAAGAUGGUGCGCAAGCACAACGUGAACCGCGUGCUCAACCAGGCGCGCCACAUGUACGCCGUCUAUCUCAAACACCAGAACAAAGGUGAUGUCACCACGUGAACCGCGUGCUCAACCAGGCGCGCCACAUGUACGCCGUCUAUCUCAAACACCAGAACAAAGGUGACGAACCUGCCCCUUGCUCAUAGUGUAUUUUCGUAAUAUGUAUUUAUCGAAUUGUAACACUAGUAGAGACUAUGAUAUUCUAUUACAUUCAAUAAUGGAACAGUGAUGGCUAAGUUGAUAGGUAUGGACGUGCAAUAAAAUUUGCAUCAGUCAGAAUAUGUAUACAACUGUAAAUUUAAUUCAAUUAAGUAAGUAAAUAUUAUACGUAUUAAAAAUCUUGACUGUACUAAGAGAAGACGUUGAAGCUAGCGGAAAUUUGUGAAAGUGAGAAGCAAACGUAUAUUUUAAUAAAUGGAAAAACAGUUAAGGCUACAUGUAUAGUAUUCGCGCAGUGUUAUUUUAUUUUUAUUUAGAUUGCAGUAUUCUUUUUUUUUUAUUAACACAAAGUAUAUAUAUUCUAAAAACUAUGACAGCGAAUAAAGCCCCCUAAGGCCGCCGCUGUAAAAUCUUACUACGUAUUUGUUGAGAUUUUUUUCGCCCUCAAUUAAACUUUUGAACACUAUAGUUACAAACAAUAGCGAUCUUAUGAUAUCGAUUAGUAAAACCUUCUUUUGGAAUGGAAAAUAGAGAUUUUAUUCUAUACCACACAGGUUUAAAAACUGUCAAGGUGUUCAAAAUUUAAAUCGACUACAAAGUAUUAAAUUGUAUUUAUGUGUAUCAAUAAAAAAUCUGUAAAGGUUACUUUAAUUAGUAUAAAUGAAAUAAUUCUGAUGACAUUAUUUUUAAUUUGAAGAAUAUUGUACUUACAAUGCGUUAGUUUACAAAGGACUGAUUAAUAAGUAAUUUAAUGUAUUUACUGUUUGGGGUCCGUUUUACAAAGAUCCGUUAGACCUCAUGUUGUGUACUAAUGUCAAAAAAAUACUGUAUUAAGUCAGCAACAAUAUGUGGUCUGAUGACUAGUAACGGAUCUUUUAAAAACCGAAGCCUUUAUUCCAAAGAACUUAUUUUGUCAUUGUGAUAUUUUUGCAUCUAUCUACUUUUUAUUAUAUUAGUUUUUAUAUGAAGUACGUAAUUUUGUUGACUAUGUUGUGAUAGAUUUAUUAAGUUAGCUAACAAUUCCUUAGCACAAUAGCUAUUAUCGUGCGUUAUUAUAGUCUUAUGCUUAUCAGUUAUGCAUUUAUAUUCCAGGAAGUGGUUGAUUAUCGUCAAUAGAUAUCUAAACCACAUCGAAAUGGGUUACCUGGGUGAGGGAUUGGUCAGGGCGUUCUAAAAAAAACACGGUUCAUUAUUUGAGUUUUAACAAGUUCUCCGUUUUGUCCCUGGUUUGAUCAGUCAUGAAUAAAAUGAGAUAUGUGUAUUCAUAAACAACUUUCUUUGUAUUUUUAGCUAAUUUCUUCCAUAUACAUGUAUAGAGCGCUCAAUGAAUGCAUACAUAAAGAAACUAGGUAAUAUCUAACAAUGAAUAUUAAUGUAUGUUUAAGAACGUAUCACGUCAGGGCAAAACUGCGUUCAUAAAACAAAUGCUCAUAUGUCAACGUGUGAAGUCCGUGAUCACAUACAGUACAAGCUUUUUAUGGUUUUUCUCUCAUAUUUACUUGUGUAAAAUAUCUACUCGAUACCUAAUGAUGUGAGAGUAUAUCUAGUCGACGUGAACUGUCGAGGCUUAUUGAAUUAUUCCAAAACUAUUUCGAAAAUAGCCGCCGAACUAUAAUAUAAUAUAGGAAUAAAUCUCGUAACGUAAUAUUGACUCUUAUUUCAAGUACUUACAUGCUUGUGGCCUACAGCAUUACAAUGUUAUCCGUUCUAUUGUAUAUUAUAUUUUUUAAUCAAUAUUUAACUGAAUUAAUUAUCGCUGAAUGAAAAAUACACUAUUAGCUUGAACAAGAA